CGUCAAGUUGACAUUGUAAGGGUUUUUCAACGUCAAGUUCAUUGUUCAGAAUGGCGUACGUUGUGCUGUUGCACGCACAAAGAGCUCUGAGGAGAGACAGAAUUUUUAGGGAUCGUACUCAGCCUUUGGAGAUAUACGACGACACUGAUAUGCUCAAGAAAUAUCGUUUCAACCGACAAGGAGUUAUUUUUUUAAUAGAUUUUCUGCGAGAAGAACUAGCUCAUCCGACAAAUAGGAAUCACGCUAUUCCACCAACCUUACAAGUAUUCAUUGCACUGAGGUUUUACGCUACUGGCUCAGUCCUUGACAAUAGUGCUGUGCACCAUGGUGUAAGCAUAUCAACGGCUUGCAGGAUAGUAAGAGCUGUCAGCUGUGCACUCUCCAAUCGGAAAAAUGAGUUCAUCACAUUCCCCACAACACCGCACAAAAUAAGGGAACAACAGAAUAAGUUCUACCACAUUGCACAGUUUCCAAAGGUGAUUGGUGCGAUUGACGGAACUCACAUCUAUCUACAUGGAGCACCAUUGGGACAGGAUGAGUACCUGUACACCAACAGGAAAGGGCGGUACUCAAUAAACGUCCAGCUUAUCUGCGAUGCAGAUUUCCGAAUAAUCAACGUGGUAGCUAGAUGGCCCGGGAGUACGCAUGACUCCAGAAUUCUCCAGAACAGUGUAGUUGGACAGAACUAUGCCAAUGGACGUUUGCAUGGCAUUCUCCUUGGAGAUUCAGGCUAUGCCCUGCACCCUUGGCUUAUGACUCCUAUCCUGAACCCCCAAAAUCAAGCACAGAGAGCGUACAACCAAUCUCACUGCCGCACAAGAGCGCUCAUUGAGCAAGUUAAUGGGCAAUUAAAGAACAAAUUUAGGUGCUUAAUUGGACAAGGACUCCAAAUGCGGCCUGACAGAGCCUCCAACGUCAUCUUGGCCUGUGCUGUGCUGCAUAAUAUCAGCAAACAACUUCGGCAGCCUGAAGUUCUCUUCGACGUGGAAGCAAAUGAUGACAUAGUUGAGCAAGUAGAUCACGCCCCCAAUGGUGUAGAAGCACGGAAUGUUAUCAUUGAAAAUCACUUUUCAUAG